AUUUGCGGGGAGGUUCGAAAUGUCUACGUCAGUUUCUAACGCUGGAUUAGAACUCCAAUAACAUCAUAUUCCUUCCGCGAUAUGUGAAUGUAGCCGAGUGGAGCUAUAAAGGGUCGUUAAGGUUUCAAUGCAGACUGCCCGAGGGGCAUAACAAGUCCCUAGAUUGUCCAAGUGGUACAGGGACCUUUUUUUCACAUUUAGGGGGGAGAGGAGUGCGGGGGUUGCAGUUUAAACUACAAAAGCGCUGUAGUCUACCAAAGUGAAAGUAAUGUCAAAAUGCAUGCUUGCACGACGUCUAGAGCAGACAUUAAAAGGGGGAAUCCUAAUGGUUACCAAGGCAACAUGACAAGUGACUUGGCAUGGAUCAUCAGAGCUUGUCUCUUUGUGUGCCUGUGGAGAGCCUGUCUGUGUGAAGGGUCUGACGGCAUGUAUAACGAAUAUUUGACAGAAAUGGUAGACCGUCUGCCAAAGGACUAUUUGUUCAGAGUGAACAAAAGUGAGGAAACAUUUGAAAGAGUUGCAAAAGCCCUUAGCCGGUUCUAUUGGGCGAACUGUGAGAAGGACUUCAAAUGCAAAGAUUACCCUGAAGACACAACAAAUUCUGCUGUAUGUUACUUACUGAACUAUCUGCAUGAGAAGGAACCUGAGUGUGUCUCCAAUGUCACAUACAGUCUAGCUGAGGUGGAGUUGGUCAGUUUGAAAGGCUUCAAGUGUCUGGUUGAAGAUGCAUUCAAUCACAAAUAUAAUUCAUCACAAGAACAAGAGGACGAAUGUGCUGAUGUUUUUGUUGAUGCAGUGAGAUGCCAAAAAGCAACUACACUUGUUGAUGCAGUGAGAUGCCAAAAAGCAACUACACUUGAAACAUCAUCGAUCCCGCCCAAAACGUCAUCAUCAACAACACGACCACCAUUGUCAACAAUAUCAAACAGCGGCAACAUGGAGUCACAAGAGCAGCGAUUACAAAGGAAGGUCAUAUCAGUCAGUACGUUGUUAGCUAUCUCUCUGAUAGCUAAUGUCCUCCUCUUGGGUGUUGUCAUCUUGAUCUUGUGGACCCGGGGGAGACGCCAGCAUGAAGGCGUGCCUCUUGCAAUGCCUGAACUGACAGUAUUGAACGCAGUAGAGGUACAUCAUCUGAUGCAGAACGACAACGGAGAUGCUCUGCAGCACUGACCCCGUUCAGAGGAAUAAUCCAGCUCUCUUCCAUCUGCCACCAUUUUCGCCUCACUUUACCAGAUGACAACGGACAAAUAUAUAUCCUGAGCCAAAGAAAAGGAGCCAACAGUCCUCUCUCUCUCACUCUCACUCUCACACCCACUCUCACUCUCACUCUCACUCACACUUCACAUUUCACACUUCACGCUUCCAGGGCUGAGGCCACAACUCUUCUUCUCCUGCCACUGGCAUUCUGGAGUUACUGUUGCAGACAUGAAUAAAAGCUCCCCUCCUUGUGUUUUAAUGAGGAGAAUGGGAGAACUAAUAAAUGUCCGUCUGUCAAGAGUCUCUAAAAACAAGACUUGGAUUAAGGGAACACGGUGGUCUUGAAUGUCACCCCUUGCCUUCAGCUGUCCAUUCAGCCCAAAGAUAAUAUGUUCAUGUGAAUGGGAAGAAAACAGUGAGAUGAACAAUAAGAUGAACCCUUUAGGGGCAUACAUUAGAACUAAGAUGGGCCGAUAUUGAGUAUUAUUGUACUUUGCUGUAGGGCAGUACUUUACGAAAAAAACCUGCAUCCAUUCCUGACUGUGUUUGGAUGAUGUGGCUGUGUUACUUGAUGAAAGGGGAUUUUAUGACACAGAGGGAAAGAAAAAUAUCAAAGGAGUAAAUCAGUUAAGAAUAAAAGAUGAAAUAAAUAAAGUGAAGGCCAUUUUAUGUACAAAGUGUGUAUAUAUUUAGAGUACUAGUCAAAUUUUGGACACACGUACUAAUUCAUUUUUUUUCUUUGACAAUUUUCUACAUUGUAGAAUAAUAGUGAAAACAUCAAACCUAUGAAAUAACACAUGGAAUCAUGUAGUACCCAAAGAAGUGUUAACCAAAUCAAAAUAUGUUUUAUAUUUGAGAUUCUUCAAAGUAGCCACCCUUUGCCUUGAUGACAGCUUUGCACACUCUUGGGAUUAUCUCAACCAGCUCCAUGAGGAAUGCUAUUCCAACAGUCUUGAAGGAGAUCUCACAUAUGCUAAGCACUUGUUGGCUGCUUUUCCUUCACUCUGCGGUCCAACUCAUCCCAAACCAUCUCAAUUGGGUUGAGGUCAGUGAUUGUGGAGGCCAGGUCAUCUGAUGCAAUACUCCAUCACUCUCCUUGGUCAAUAGCCCUUACACAGCCUGAAGGUGUGUUGGGUCAUUGUCCUGUUGAAAAUCAAAUUAUGGUCCCAUUAAGAGCAAACCAGAUGGGAUGGCGUAUCGCUACAGAAUGCUGUGGUAGCCAUGCUGGUUAACGGUGCCUUGAAUUUUAAAUAAAUCGCAGACAGUGUCACCAGCAAUGCACCAUCACACCACCUCCUCCAUGCUUCACGGUGGGAACCACACACGCGGAGAUCAUCUGUUCACCUACUCUGCGUCUCACAAAGACAAGGCGGUUGGAACCAAAAAUCUCAAAUUUGGACUCGUCAGACCAAAGGACAGAUUUCCACCGGUCUAUUGUCCAUUGUUCGUGUUUCUUGGCACAAGCAAGUCUCUUCUUCUUAUUGGUGUCCUUUAGGAGGUGUUUCUUUGCAGCAAUUCAACCAUGAAGGCCUGAUUCACGCAGUCUCCUCUGAACAGUUGAUGUUGAGAUGUGUCUGUUACUUGAACUCUGUGAAGCAUUUAUGUGGGCUGCAAUCUGAGGUGCAGUUAGCUCUAACUUAUCCUCUGCAGCAGAGGUAACUCUGGGUCUUCCUUUCCUGUGGCGGUCCUCGUGAGAGCCAGUUUCAUCAUAGCGCUGAUGGGUUUUUGCAACUGCACUUGAAGACACUUUCAAAGUUCUUGAAAUUUUCCACAUUGCCUGACCUUCAUGUCUUAAAGUAAUGAUGGACUGUCGUUUCUCUUUGCUUAUUUGAGCAAUUUAUUUACCAAAUAGGGCUAUCAUCUGUAUACCACCCCUACCUUGUCACAACACAAUUGAUUGUUUCAAACAUGCUAAGAAGGAAAGAAAUUCCACAAAUUAACUUUUAACAAGGCACACCUUUUAAUUGAAAUGCAUUCCAGGUGACUACCUCAUGUAGCUGGUUGUGAGGGAAUGCCAAGAGUGUGCAAAGCUGUCAUUAAGGCAAAGGGUGGCUACUUUGAAGAAUCUCAAAUAUAAAAUGCAUUUUGAUUUGUUUAACACUUUUUUGUUACUACAUUUAUUCCAUAUGUGUUAUUUCAUAGUUUGAAUGUCUUCACGAUUAUUCUACAAUGUAGAAAAUAGUAAAAAAUAAAGAAAAACCCUUGAAUGAGUAUAUGUGUCUAAACUGUUGACUGGUACUGUAAAAACACUACCGUUCAAAAGUUUGGGGUCACUUAGAAAUGUCCUUAUUUUCCAUGAAAACAUACAUGAAAUGAGUUGCAAAAUGAAUAGGAAAUAUAGUCAAGAUGUUGACAAGGUUAUAAAUAAGGAUGUUUCAUUGAAAUAAUAAUUGUGUCCUUUGCCUUCAUCAAAGAACCCUCCAUUUGCAGCAAUUACAGCCUUGCAGACCUUUGGCAUUCUAGUUGUCAAUUUGUUGAGGUAAUCUGAAGAGAUUUCACCCCAUACUUCCUGAAGCAACUCCCUCAAGUUGGAUUGGCUUGAUGGGCACUUCUUACGUACCAUACGGUCAAGCUGCUCCAACAGCUCAAUUGGGUUGAGAUUCGGUGACUGUGCUUUGAGUCAUUGAAAUUGGCUCCAAUUAAGCGCCGUCCACGGGGGGGUAUGGCAUGGCGUUGCAAAAUAGAGUGAUAGCGUUCCUUCUUCAAGAUCCCUUUUACCCUGUACAAAUCUCCCACUUUACCAACACCAAAGCACGCCCAGACCAUCACAUUGCCUCCACCAUGCUUGACAGAUGACGUCAAGCACUCCUCCAGCAUCUUUUUAUUUUUCUGCGUCUCACGAAUGUUCUUCUUUGUGAUCCGAACACCUCAUACUUAGAUUUGUCUGUCCAUAAUACCUUUUUUCAAUCUUCCUCUGUCCAGUGUCUGUGUUCUUUUGCCCAUCUUAAUCUUUUAUUUUUAUUGGCCAGUCUGAGAUAUGGCUUUUUCUUUGCAACUCUGCCUAGAAGGCCAGCAUCCCGGAGUCGCCUCUUCACUAUUGACAUUGAGACUAGUGUUUUGCAGGUAAUAUUUAAUGAAACUGCCAGUUGAGGACUUGGGAGGCAUCUGUUUCUCAAACUAGACACUUUAAUGUACUUGUCCUCUUGCUCAGUUGUGCACCAGGGCAUCCCACUCCUCUUUCUAUUCUGGUUAGAGACAGUUUGCGCUGUUCUGUGAAGGGAGUAGUACACAGCGUUGUACGAGAUCUUCAGUUUCUUGGCAAUUUUUCAUGGAAAUGGAAUAGCCUUCAUUUCUCAGAACAAGAAUAGACUGAUGACUUUCAGAAGAAAGUUCUUUGUUUCUGCCCAUUUUGAGCCCGUAAUCGAACCCACAAAUGCUGAUGCUUCAGAUACUCAACUAGCUUAAAGGCCAGUUUUAUUGCUUCUUUAAUCAGAACAACAGUUUUAAUCUGUGCUAACAUAAUUGCAAAAGGUUUUUCUAAUGAUCAAUUAGUCUUUUAAAAUUAUAAACUUGGAUUAGCUAACACAACGUGCCAUUGGAACAAAGGAGUGAUGGUUGCUGAUAAUGGACCUCUGUACGCCUAUGUAGAUAUUCCAUAAAAAAUCUGCCGUUUCCAGCUACAAUAGUUAUUUACAACAUUACUAAUGUCUACACUGUAUUUCUGAUCAAUUUGAUAUUAUUUUAAUGGACAAAAACAAGGACAUUUCUAAGUGAUGCCAAACUUUUGAAUGGUAAUGUGUGUAUAUAUAUAUAUUUUCUAUUUAACUAUUUGCUUUGAUAUCUGCACCUUGUCAUAAGCAUUAUGAGCAACAUAAAACGUUUGUACCAUGUCUAUGUGUUGCAGAGACUGUACAGGGAGUGUGUGUGUGUGUGUGUGUGUGUGUGUGUGUGUGUGUGUGUGUGUGUGUGUGUGUGUGUGUGUGUGUGUGUGUGUGUGUGUGUGUGUGUGUGUGUGUGUGUGUGUGUGUGUGUGUGUGUGUGUGUGUGUGUGUGUGUGUGUGUGACCACUGUUUAAAUGGCCUAUGUUCUCUUUUGGAGCAGUGAGAGAUGCUGUUUUUUCCUUAUCAGUGUUUUCCCAAGACAUAAUUUUUGGGGGCGGGACUCAAAAGCCCCAACAACUUUUUUUUGAAAGGGGAUGUUAUUGUUGUGCUGUAUGCCAUUUGUAAAGAAUCUUUACAUCUAAAUAGCUUGUUAAUAAGUAUUUUAUAUACAGGAUCUGUUUAACAUACUUUCUGGUCUGGUUUCCCUGACACAAAUUAAGUCUAAUCCAAAACUAAACAUUUACUUCCAUGGAUAUUCUCCAUUGAGCAUGCUUUUUACUCCAGGACUAGGUUUAGAGCUAUAUUCAACCUUGUCCAAAUGAAAACCAUGACCUUUUAAAAUCUAUUUCUACUUUUUCUUUGCUUGAUCUCUAAGGGAAGGCUAUUCCAUAGACAAAUGCCUGUAUAGAAAAACGUUCUCCUCGCAGUACUGUUUACUCUUGGGAUUUUACAAGACAUAACACUAGCUCUGGUAUUGUAACUGUGUUGGUUAUAGACCAUAUCAAUGUGUUUUUUCUAUGUUCAUAGAUUGAGCCAGCCAAAUUUCUGCAAGGCAAAUAAUAUAGCAGAUUUUCUGAUAGGAGACUCUCGAACCAAGCUCUCCAUCGAGGGACUGGACAUUUGCCAAUAAAACGGAGGAGAGUGCCAGUCGAUUUCCACUUUUCUCUAUGCGUAUUCCGACCUUGAAUUUAAGCAUGAGAAUAGCGUGCUAUUCACCUGCUAUUCGUUUUGGGUGGCGGUCGAAUUAAUGAAGUUGUGGCGGAGGUGUAUCCACAGAUAUGCCGUAUUCCGACUUUUAUUUAAUACCUUAAUAAUUCCACCACCUUUACGCGCGAGGAAACCAUGAAUAAGGUCUAGUGAACCUACUGGUUCCAAGUGGAACUUUAUUUUUUACGAUAUAAAUAACACCGUUCUCCAUGCACUGUAAUUUAAACUUGAUAAGAGCUAGGUAAAUUAAUAAUCGUUUUGGAUGAGGGAAUUGUAAAUACAAAUUACACUUGUUUUCGAUCUAUUUUACAUGAUUAUCGCUGGAGACAAUUGUGAAACCAGUCAUAUGGCUGCAAACUGAAGGAUAUCAAGUUUGAAUCCGAUGUUAAUUUGUGUAUCAGUUCAUAAACCAUGUGCCAUGGAAUCGGUAAAUCGAAAAUCUCUUCCCAACUAUUUACAACCUGUAUAGCACAGCUGUAAUUUUUUUGGUCCUUAAAUGAAGUUAGUAUACUUUUUUUAUUUAUCACACUUUUCUUUAACCAGUUUUGGUCUUUAACGCCGUUUCCUCUUUAAUUUUUGCUGAAAAGCUGAAAUUAGUUGGUUGUAAUUUUGGAUAGGACAGACAUUUCCAUAUAUUUUGUUAGCUGCAUGUUUGACAUAACUCCACCAGUCCUAUUCAUGAAAUAAUUUACAAAGUUGAUAAUAUUUUUUAUAUUUUAUUAUUUUUAAAUCAAUUAUUAUAUUUGAGUUUAACCAUAAUAUCUGUUGUAAUAUUUGUUCUGUUCUGUUUUCUGGUGGCUUAAACUGAAAUUGCAACCAACUUUAAAAAAAAAAAAAAUGUAAAUCGCAAUUUUUUCAGAAAAUUUCAUUUUCAAAUAACUGAAAGUGAGAGGUUGUAAUCUGAAUAAAGGGAAAAAGCCCCUGUUACUAAUCUGCUAGAGAA